UUCAUCUUGUUGCACCUGUGAUGAUUCUGCGUGGAAGCCACUGCGUGUCUGGGACGGGGCGCUGCGCUGCGAGAUCAGUCACCGUCAGCUGAACGUGGAGACGGCAGCGCCUUGUGCAAACCCUCAUUGGAUGACCAGAGAGGGAGGAGGUUCUUCAUUCCGUGCCGGUAUUGCAGCGUAAUUUGUAGGGUCUUUUGCAUUGCUGCUCAUUAAGCUGAAACAGAAUGGCUCUAGCAGGAAUCCGUGUGAUUGAACUCGCUGGUCUGGUACCUGUGCCAUUGUGUGGCAUGAUUCUGGCAGAUUUUGGUGCCAAGGUAGUGCGCAUAGAUCGAACAGGGACAGCUACAUCUAUUGACGUGUUGGCAAGAGGCAAACGUUCAGUUGCUUUGAAUCUGAAGAAACCAGAGGGAGUCGAAGUGCUGAAGCAACUUUGUAGUCAGUCUGAUGUUCUCGUAGAACCCUUCCGUAAAGGUGUCAUGGAGAGGCUGGGUCUUGGACCUGAAGUUAUACUUGGACUGAAUCCAAAGCUCAUCUAUGCCAGGCUGACUGGGUUUGGACAAAGUGGACCACAUUCUAAAAUUGCCGGGCAUGAUAUCAACUUUAUUGCUGCCUCGGGUCUGCUGUCAAAGUUUGGCAGGAAAGGGGAGAAGCCCUAUGCACCACUAAAUGUUGUGGCUGACUUUGCUGGAGGUGGGGUUAUGUGUGCUAUGGGUAUAAUGCUCGCACUAUAUGAGAGAAUGCAAUCCGGAAAAGGACAAGUCAUUGAUGCAAGCAUGGUUGAAGGAGCAGCUUACUGUUGCUCCUGGCUGUGGAAAUCGCAGCACAUGGGUAUGUGGAAUCAGCAAAGAGGUGAAAACGUACUGGAUACUGGAGCACCAUUCUAUGAGACCUACAAGACAUCUGAUGGAAAGUACAUGGCUGUUGGUGCACUAGAGCCUCAGUUCUAUGAACAGCUAGUAAAAGGUCUUGGCUUGGAUUCUGCCAAACUUGCCCCUCAGAUGAGUCGAUCUGACUGGCCAGAGUUGAAAAGAAUCUUUACGGAAGCCUUUGCUGCAAGAAGUCAAGAGCAGUGGUCCAAGAUCUUUGAUGGGACUGAUGCCUGUGUGACUCCUGUUUUGUCUUUUGAAGAAGCUCUCAGUCAUCCACAUAACCAAGAAAGAGGAUCUUUUAUCACAGAUGAGAAAGGGCAUGUCAGCCCCAGGCCAGCUCCUGUCCUAUCCCGGACCCCAGCCACUGUCAGUCUGGAAAGAAAUCCAGAGGUGGGAGAACACACAGAACUUGUGUUAACUGAAUAUGGUUUUACCAAAGAACAGAUAAAUAUGCUGCUGUCUGCUGGGAUUAUUGAAUGUAGAAGAUCAAAAUCUAAUUUGUAAUGAAUUUAUAUGUGUUAUUUCAUUAUAUUAUGACAAUAAAAUUUUGGA